GCUACGCAGCAGGAGGCGGCGGCGGCGGCGGCGGAUGUUUACGUCGGCGGCGGCGUUCGCGGCUCGGGCUCGGGCGGUGCGGCGCCGCGUUCGUGGAGCCGCAUGCGGAUUCGCUCACCGCUGGACGGACACAGAUGAUCAUGUAUGACAAUAAAUCAGUGCGAGAAGCCCAUGAGGCUUUUGUGACGGGACACACUGGUUCGACAGCCAUUGAUGUUAUAUUGGCAAUAUAUCCUGUAGUACCUGCAUCUCUUCUUGCUGCUUGUUUUGUGAAGGGGCGCAUGGGAUGGCUUUGGUUUUUUAUAGAUAGUUUUUUACUGGUUGUUCCACCUACACUUGGAUUUACAGUACUGGCAAACUACACCCUGGAAGUGAGUGCAGUGCAGAUAAUGCUUGCUGGCUUAGUCCUAAUAUGUACAUCUCAUCCUCUCCAGGAUUCCUUUCUCAAUAAUUCAAAGCACUUGGCAUGUUUGACUGCAAUGAGAGCUAUAUUGAAUGUAAAUACAGCUGUUGCCAUCUUGGGUGUGGAUUUUCACAGUUUUCCAAGGAGAUUUGCCAAGACAGAGGAAUAUGGAUAUAGCGUAAUGGAUGUAGGAGCUGCAGGAUUUGUUGUUGUGAACGGUUUUGUUGAAGGUCGGAAGAGAAGGUGCUACAAGUCUGUGAUGGUUGAUGCUGUUGUCCUUGCCAUCUUGGGUCUUUUGAGAGUCAUGUUUGUUCAUAUGUCAGAUUACCAGCAUCAUGUAACAGAGUAUGGGGUACAUGGCAAUUUUUUCUUCACAUUGGCAUUUAUUAAGGCUACUUGUUCAUGGUGGGUAUAUCGCCUGACCUGGUCUUCAGCUACUGUACUAGCAACUUUGCUGUGUUUGUGCCAUCACAUUUUAUUGACUGCUGGCAAUCUUGGUUCAUGGACACUGAGUAACGUUCCAAGAGAUAAUCUUCUCACUGCAAACAGAGAAUGGAUUGUAUCAAUGCCAGGUUAUAUGGCUGUUUAUUUAUUUGGCACUGCAGUGGGGAAUUACAUAUUCAGGAGAAGAGAUGAGGGGAAGAAGCUCACUACAUCCUUCCUUGUGAUUACUGCUAUUUUCAGCAUCUCCUUGAUUGUCUUAGGCCAUUACGUGGACUUGCCGUCUCGUAGACUUGGCAACCCCACCUUUGUUACUUUUGUUAUGACAUAUACUUCAGUAGGUUUUGCAAGUUUUUCAUUGAUAGAGGAAACACUGUCACCUGUAUUGUGCGUUCCACCUACUUUGGCUUCCAUCAACCGUCGGCCACUCUCUUUCUUCCUGCUAACUAAUGUAACCACAGGUCUCAUCAACAAAAGUAUCAAUACUUUAACAGUGGAAUAUCCAUAUGAUGUUUGUAUUAUUUCUUGUAACAUUGUUGCAGUUCUUAGUGUUGUUUAUGUUUUAUACUGUUGGGAUAUUAGGAAUCAAACUAAAGAGAAACAUGAAAAGUUAGAAUAAUAUAAUUUUUUAUUUAGUGAUUCACCCAAACAAUUUCUGGUCAUUCUGAUUAAUGUAACAUUGUCAUUAACUUUAAAAUCUUUCUUUGUGAAUUUAUUCAAUAUGAAUAUUUUAUUCAACAUGUAUGUGCCUAUUUAUAUUAUAAUAAUUACUUAAAGGAUAAGUUAAUGUAAAUGCAGUGACACUGAUUGGUGUUGUCUGUAAGUGGAGGAAUUGUGACCCAUUUGUAGUGCUUCUUACUUUUAUUCUUGACCAUCUAAAAGCCUCCAGUUUUCUGUAUUCAGUCUCAGUGGAAAGGAGACAUUAGAAAACAUUCUUCUGAAAUGAGUUACAAAUGCUUAAACCAUUCCCAACGGGUAUGUCACGUAUGUCCAUGCCAUGUGUGAGUUUACUUGUUUAAUUGUUUUCACACAUAGAUAACUACACUUGUACAAAGUCACUAGUUAGCCAAAUACGAGUACUGCCUGUCUCGCCCAUUCACCCUUUUCUUUGAUUUAUAAAGAUAU